CUCUCCUUCUCUACCCAAGCACAACCUCAACAACCAACACCAUGUGUGGCAGCUACUAUGGAGGCUGUGGCUACGGACGCUGUGGCUACGGAGGCUGUGGCUAUGGAGGCUGUGGCUACGGAGGCUGUGGCUAUGGAGGCUGUGGCUAUGGAGGCUGUGGCUAUGGAGGCCUGGGCUGUGGCUAUGGCUCCAGCUAUGGCUGUGGCUUCCGCAGACUGGGCUGUGGCUAUGGCUGUGGCUCUGGCUGUGGCUACGGAUAUGGCUCCCGCUCCCUCUGUGGCUGUGGCUAUGGAUAUGGCUCUGGCUACGGCUCGGGUUUUGGCUGCUACUAUUGAGGUUGCCAUGGGUGAC